AAGCAUCACAAGUGACAGGGGAUACACAUCCCAGUUAAAGCCAGUCUGUGAGAAAACGUUUUUGAUCAAGCUAGACUUGAUAUUGGAGUGUGUGUGUGUACUCAUUACUUCAAAACAAGGCCUUUUUAAGACAAUGCUUUGGUCAGUGGUGUUUGUACUCGGGCCUAUGUCAGUACUGACUCUGCCCACCACUACACAAGUGUAUACUGACCCCCCAGCUGCGACCAAUCCAACCGUUUCUUCUGUGCCCCUACCCCAAGGGGAACUGGAGCUCAUCCUGGACACCCUUCUGACUCAGGUAGACAGACACAACACCUGGCUAGAGACACUACAAGAAGAUGUCUAUGGCCUCGGUGAUUCUGUAGAAUUACAUUCGCUUGACCUCCAGAAACUCAAGGAGAAAUUCCACAAGAUAAAUAAGGAACAGAACAAAUCUUCCAAACAAAGCAGAGAGGACAGCAAAGGCUCAGAUGAACAUCUCUUAUCACUUGACAAGUCAUCAUGGGACAAAAGUGGAUCAUCCCAGGAUUCCUCUAACUAUGUAUAUGAUGAGGAGGACUGGGAACUUUUCAGGAACAAAGAGUAUGAGUUCAUGGAGAAAUACGGCACAAAUGGCAACAGAAGAAGCAAAAGUGAGAGGACUGCUUCCGAAAAGAACUCAGAGGAAGAGAAGACAUAUGGAAACAAUGUACCACAAUAUACCAGAGAGGAACAAAGUUACAGGGAACAACGUGUGUACGACAACACUAAUGAAAGUAGCGAGGAAGGGACAGUUCAUGAAAGUCAUAGCUCACAUGAGAGUCAGAGUGACAGCAAUGAAGAAAAUUAUGAAGAUCAUGAUCAUUAUGAAAGCCAUGACAACAGUGAUGGACACAACUCAAAGUAACAAUAAUACAUAAUAUGUACCAAUAUAUAUAGUUGACCUGAGUUAAAAAUGACAGGAAUUAAAAUUCUAAGGAAUACAUUGACUAUAAAAACAUAAUCUUGUUCUCUUGGUAAGUGUUUGAUCUUUUACGUUAUCUUCAAGUUUUAAAAUAUGUACAUUUUUUGUAUGGAACUGCAGAAACAUGAAAUAUUCCAUAAUUUUUAAUAAAAAUAAGUCACA